CGCCUCUCAGCUGGUAGCCUAGGAAAACAGUCUGAGAGAAAACAGCUGAGAGUAAACACUGCCAAGAAGCUCCUCCUCCUGACGGGAAACCAUGGCAAAUAUCGCCAUACAGAGAAUCAAGAGGGAGUUUAAGGAAGUUAUAAAAAGUGACGAAGCACAAAAGUGCGCCAUCAAUGUAGAAUUAGUUGGGGAUGAUUACCGAGAACUCAAAGGAGAAAUAGCAGGGCCCCCUGACACACCUUAUGAGGGAGCAACAUUUCACCUUGAAAUCAAAGUUCCAGAAACAUAUCCUUUUAAUCCUCCAAAGGUAAAGUUUGUCACAAAAAUCUGGCAUCCCAACAUUUCUUCAGUAACUGGGGCUAUUUGUCUUGACAUCCUUAAGGACCAAUGGGCAGCAGCAAUGACCCUACGGACAGUCCUACUCUCCUUGCAAGCAUUACUAGCUGCUGCAGAGCCAGAUGAUCCCCAAGAUGCUGUUGUGGCGAGACAGUUUAAAGAGAAUCACCCACUUUUUCUUCAAACAGCUCAGUACUGGUCACAUGUUCAUGCUGGAGCUCCCAGAGGAAACAGUGACUUCGCCAACAAGGUUCGAUGUUUGAUGGACUUGGGUGUUGGGGAGCAGCAGGCCCUUGUUGCAUUAUCAUCCUGCAACUGGGACAUGGAUCGGGCAAUCGAACAACUCUUCUCGUAGAUGCGUGUGGUUGAGGACACAUAGGUAAAGUUUAAAAAAAGUAAAGUAAAAAAAAAAAAAGAAAUGGGGAUUUGCACUUCAUCAUUUCAUUGGUAAUAAUAACUUUUGAUGUCUGGUUGCUUGCAAGACAUUGCUCUGAUGUUCUUAUGGAUGAAGAGGCAUUGCAGCACAAUGAGUUAAGCUUGAUGUUCUAGCCCUGGGCUUAGUCCAUAUCAGGAUGUGGUUACUCAGUCGAGGAUUUUAACAAAUAUGAAUGUGAACUUGGGCGAUGUGAAUAUGAACUAUGUAGGGCUGUGAAAUAUGUAUUUGUCCUGUGUUAUGCAUGACUCAUUUUUGAAUUAGUGGCAUACAUCUCCUAAUUUCUUUUAUAGGAUGGCAAUAAAAGUCAAAGAGACCCAGUUAAGUGACAUGAAACAUCAUGUAAACCACCAAUAUAAGUAAAACUCAGUGCUUUAAUUACCUUGCUAAUGAAAGAUAUAUUUUAAACUGUGCUUUACAUGAUUUGGUUAGGCAAGAUUUGACAAACUUUUUUUCCAUACAAUAUUGCUCUUUCCAUGUUGGAAAUUGUCCCCCAUUGUGAUCCUUUUUUGUUCCUGAAUGUAUUUUCCUGUUUUUUUAUGUUAAUGAAAGUGGCAGGGGUAAUUGUUUGGUAAUACAAGAUUGUGAAGAGAUAAUGCAGUUAAAGCACCAAUAAAAUUCCUAUUCAAAUAUUAGCAUAGUGAAAUGGUAAUUGUUUAUGUUCUUAUUCUUUGUCAUUAUUCUUGCUUGAAGUCUUGGAUUUGUGAUAGUGUAUCCACAGAGCUUUUUCUCCCCCUUUUGUUUUGUUUUAAGGGUCCUGUUUCCAUGAACUGUAAUUAUUAUCAUAAAGUGAUAAUGAUCUGUCUAAAUACAUUGCCUUAAUUGUAGGAUCAUUGAUGAGGUUAGUCAGAUUCCUUUUUUAUUAAAUCAGGAGCAGUAGUUGCUUUAGUAGCAUCCAAAAGUCUUGGGGUAGUAAUUAUUUCUUCAAUUUUUGUUGAUAUUAUUUUUUCUCCACCUCAUAUUGGUAAUAGAUCCUAGUAUUUGUUUUUAAACUUAUUGCCACUUAUAAGAAGAUAUGACAACAAUGGAGACAUGAUACAGAGAUGAUACUUUACCAGUAAGGACCAGUGGAUCUUAAGAUGUAACAUCAUUCUUUGACACUGUACUGGAGUAGAGAGGGGUAUACAGUCCUUGUAUAGUGUGCCAUUCUUCAUUUCUUAAUUUGAUCCAGCUCUUCUUGUGAUUACCAAAUAAGAAAUGUCUCAGUACUAUUAAUGAAUUAUUGUCUCCUUUUAUUAUAUGUGGAAUACAAGUGUUAUUGUCAGAA